AUGCUGUGAAGUUUGAUCUAAUCUUCUUUACAGGAAAACAAAAGGUGUGAUCCAAUCGUUGCUGGGCGACCCGUGACCCGUCUAGCAAACUCCUCCCUGAACCUGAAGGGCUGGAGGUAAAAUUCGUCCCUACCCUCCUAUUCCAAGUCCCACCAAUCUGGAAUUCUUUGUCUCUCAGAUUCGCCAUGGCUGCAUCUUCAGCGUCAUCGGCAACAAAAUCGCUGUUUCAGUCACUGAAAAAAUUCUUCAAGAAACCAUGGGAGAUCACAGGCCCUUGUGCCAGCCCAGAGUACAAGAACGCACUCCCUGGCGCCCUCGAGUACCGUGUCUUCUGCCCCGCCACUGAACCACAUAAGGCUAUCGUCCCUACUUCCAACCCCGAAACCGUCUACGACAUCAAGUACUUCAGUCGUGACCAACGGCGCAAUCGCCCGCCUAUUCGACGUACCAUUUUGAAGAAGGCCGAUGUCGAGAAGAUGAUGAUGGAGACGACUUUCGAUGUUAAUGACUUCCCUCCUGUUUAUCUCACUGCCAAGGUCGAAGAGGAUGAAAAUGCCAGGGGCGGAGGUUAUCAGAAAUAGGGUUAGGAGUUGUGGCAAAAUACGUGUAUGCCCUUGACCCAUUUAAUAAUCUCUCUCUUGUUUCAAUCAGUGUGUAGAAUGAUAUUUCAUGAUAAUAGCACUGUCCCAAUUGAAUUCAGUUGGUAUGUAGUGGACAAGGGUUUGAUUUCUACUUUUGAUGUGUUAUUACAAGGCCUUUAAUUUUUAUUUGUUCUGUUACUAGAGCAACUGACUUGUGGAAAAUAAAGAUAUUCAUUUAUCCCCA